AAGAAGCAGAAAACAAGACGGUUAGUAUUAAGCUCUUUUAAAAUAUCGCAGGUUUUUCUAUAACUUUGUAAAUAUGUCAGAUUAUGUAAAUACAAUAUGUUUUCAUGCAACAGUCUUCAGUGAAUGAAACAGACGUUCAUGAUGUGUAGGUCUAGUAAGCUGUUACUGAAUAAACACUUUCUACGUAGGCUAAAGCAACAUGUCCAGUUUUAAUGUUGACUAUGUUCUGUUCUUCUUGCCACCUGGCAGAGACCACAUACGUCACUAUGUAAAGAGCACAUUAUAAAAAAUAGCACAUUGCUAUGGCACGGAGAACCUGUGGGUGCAACCUUACAGGGAGGAUUUUCUGAGACAUCCUUCUGCAUUACUGGUAUAAUGUCAGCUGAGAUUUCAAUGGACAACAACUGCCAGAAGAAAUGGUUGUUAGUUCCAGCCUCGGGUACUAAUCUGGAGGGCAGACAGUUGGAGGAGGAGAGGAGGGCAGAACCGCACCCAUCUGCUGGGGUUCCUGAUCCACAGAGAUCUGGAGGAACCCACGCCACAGAGAACCAAAGUAUCCACCACGACCCAAGGGAUCUUGGCUCCAGCCCUCUCUCCCUAGCCCAACUAGUUGUACCAGGCUCUUCAGCCCAGCCAGCCAGUCCUACUGGCCCUAGUCCGCAUGGUUCAGCCCAGCCACCCAGGCCUACUGACCCUGGUCCGCACGGUUCAGCCCAGCUGCCCAGUCCCGUCAUCCAGGCCCUGUUGGAGUCUUCUGUCUCAGAUAGAGACUCAUCUCAACAGGCUUUACAUCAGGCCCUGCUCGUCAGAGCUUUGCAACAGGGCCCCAGCCCCCAGGACCAGCUGGCUCUGCAGUUCCACAGACUCCUCCAGGAGCAGUCCAGACUGCUCUCUCUCCUGGGACCAGGUCUGCCUUUCCCCCCUUCUCUCUCUACCCAAUGGUUUGGCUCAGCUGCACCGGCACUGACAACUUCUGGAGUGGACUGUACCAUAGAACUUGGGAAUUAUUCAGGGAGGGGAACGUCUGUUGCUGUCAUCCCUUCCAGUGGGGAAGAUCUAGCUUCUCUAGGUUUGUCCCUUGGUGCUCCAGCUGGCCUCCCCCCUGCCAAUCUCCAGGGAACCAGGAACCCGUCCUCCCACACGUUCCCCUCCUCGGUUGAGACUCUGGGACCAGAGGUGUAUCCUGUCCCAACACGCCCAACCCAAGGUAAGAAAGCUACACCUCAAUAA